AUGAUAGCCAAAUUUAUCUUUGUGAAUUUCUUCGGGGCUAUGAAGUGCUUUUCAUUCCACAUUGGAGACAAGAAGGGUGAACCAAAGACUCCAAAGUCAGUCCUGGUUCAAUCUGUGAAUUCUUCAAGUACUGAUCAUGAAAUAGGAAGAUCCGGUUCUGAAUUAAAUUCUCAAAAUGCCUCUGGCAUCAGCACAGAGUCCAUAGGCAGGCCCUUAUAUCCCAGCAUGUCUCAAAGACCCAGUAAUCUCAGAGUGUUCACAGUUUCUGAGCUUAAGUCAGCUACCAAGAAUUUUAGCCGUUCUGUCAUGGUUGGAGAAGGUGGAUUUGGUUGCGUUUAUAAAGGAUCUAUCAAGAGCACUGAGGAUCCAACUACAAAGCUUGAAAUUGCAGUGAAACUGCUGGGUAAAAGAGGGAUGCAGGCAAGUUUUAUUCCUUGCGGGCACAAAGAAUGGAUCACAGAAGUAAAUGUUCUUGGAGUAGUUGAGCAUCCAAACCUUGUCAAAUUAGUUGGUUACUGUGCGGAUGAAGAUGAAAGAGGAAUGCAACGGCUUCUGAUAUAUGAAUUUAUGCCUAAGGGAAGUGUGGAGGACCAUUUAUCCAUCCGAUCAGAUACACCUCUUCCGUGGGCCAUGAGAUUGAGAAUAGCCCAAGAUGCUGCUCAUGGCUUAAAGUACCUUCAUGAAGAAAUGGAUUUUCAGAUCAUCUUCAGGGAUUUCAAAUCUUCAAACAUUCUUUUAGAUGAGCAGUGGAACGCCAAGCUAUCAGAUUUUGGGUUGGCGAGGCUAGGACCUUCUGAAGGAUUGACUCAUGUUUCAACUGCGGUUGUAGGAACCAUGGGAUAUGCAGCUCCCGAAUAUAUCCAAACUGGACGUCUCACAUCCAAAAAUGAUGUCUGGAGCUAUGGGGUAUUCCUUUAUGAACUUAUUACAGGAAGGCGCCCUUUGGAUCGAAACCGACCCAAGAGUGAGCAGAAGCUCUUGGAAUGGAUAAGGCCAUAUUUAACAGACGCAAAGAAAUUCAAGCAAAUAGUGGAUCCCAGGCUUGAUCAGAAAGACAUCCUCAAGUCAGCCCACAAGCUUGCAAACGUAGCCAACCGAUGCUUAGUUAGAAAUCCAAAGUCACGUCCAAAGAUGAGUGAGGUGUUGGAAAUGAUGAAUCAGAUUGUAAAUGCCUCUACAGAAACAGAAAGCCCUCGGCAGUCCUCCAAUAAUUUAGCACAAAUAAGAAUUUCUCGUGACACGAGAGCAAAAAAUAAAAGGACAAAUGAAGAUCUCAAAACUGUGGAAAACGGUUGGCUUGUUCGGAUGUGGAAUCCAAAGCUCGUUAGAACCAGCUAA